AUGUACUCCAAGCUCAUCCCCGCCCUCGCGGCCGUGGGUGCUGGCCUCGCGUCCGCCCAAAGCAGCAACCUCUGCUCCUCCAAGACGGUCACCAUUACCGAUGCUGCCAUGGCCACCAACCUCCCCUGCACCACCAUCCAGGGCUCCGUCAAGAUCGCCGAGGACAUUUCGGGCAACGUCGACAUCGUCGGCCCCCGAACCAUCAAGGGUGACCUGAUCGUUACCAACGCUACCCAACUCGUUGGCCUCACCUCCUCCUCCCUCGCCUCCAUCGAGGGUAUCUUCCAGAUGCAGGGCCUCACCCUCCUCUCCGACCUCCGCUUCUCCCAGCUCGCCACCGUCGGCUCCAUCAACUGGGUUACUCUGCCCGCUCUCGGCCAAAUCGAGUUCGGUACCGCCGGUGUUACCAAGGUUAACAACAUCCUCAUCAGCGACACCUUCCUCAAGAGCUUGGACGGCUUGAACGUUGCCUCCGUCGACGAGCUCCACAUCAACAACAACAAGCAGCUCGUUUCCUACAGCAACCAGCUGGCCAACGCCACCAAGACGAUCGAGAUCAACUCCAACGGCCCCGACCUGGGCAUCACCCUUCCCAACCUGAUCUGGGCCAACGAGAUCAUCAUUGCCGAUGCCGCCAAGGUCGAGAUGAACUCUCUCGAGACCGUCAACUCCUCCAUCAAGUUCGACAAGAACACCUUCACCGAGUUCAUCGCCCCCAACUUGACCCAGUGCACAGACGGUGACGUCUCGUUCAUCAACAACGUCGAGCUCGCCAACCUGUCUCUGCCUCUCCUGAAGAAGACCGGUGGUGGUCUGACCAUCCAGAACAACACCCUUCUCCAAAAGAUUGACGGUCUUCCCAAGCUCGAGCAGAUUGGUGGUGCCGUUCUCCUCCGCGGUAACUUCUCUGAGGUCUCUCUUCCCGCUCUCGACGACGUCAAGGGUGCCUUCGACACCCAGUCCACUGGCGACAUUGACACUUCCUGCGACACCUUCAACAAGAUGGAGGGCAAGGCCAUCCAGGGCAAGUACACCUGCCGCAGCAACAACACCCGCGCCAACGAGGACGGUGACAGCUCCGGCGGCAGCGCUGGCGGAACCAAGAACGGCUCUGGCGAGGGUGCUGCCGGCAUCGUCUCUGUCAACACCGCCAUUCUCUCCCUGGCCCUUGUUGGUGGCCUGGCUCAGCUCAUGUUGUAA